GAUUUCUCCCGUCGCUGCUGCCGUCGGCCCGGCACCACCGGGUGCCAUCAGGCUGUUGGUCUCGUUCUGCCCAUGGAUGCAAUGGCACUGUUUGCGGGUGACCUCACUGAUCUCCUCUGCACUCACCUUGUUUCCUCACUUCCUCACUCCUUCGUCACCAGUAUUGUCUUCUGAUCUCAUCUCAUUCUUCUGUGUUCAGCGCUUCUGAACCUGUUGCACCUCGGAUCGUCGCGUUCAUCACCCACGACUAUUCCUCUGCUCUACCGCCUCCGUUGACUCUGAGAGUCACCGGUCAUGGUAGCUCACCCCAUACUCCUCUAUGUCUGGUGCCCAAUAGCAUUCAUCGUCCUUCUCCUCGCUGCCACUCGCGAUGGCAGACGUCUCCUCACCCAUUGCGUUCGUACGCUCCUCAAUGGCAAGUCCCCGCUGAGAUGGCUGGCAGGCUUGCUCGCCGGCAUCUUACCGCCUGUAGGGUGGACCAUGGCCUUCAAGCUUGCCCGUAACAUCCCUGAUGAAUGGAGGCCGGAUAUCCACACUCAUCUGCUUCCCAUCCUCGAGGCCCUGAUGCUCUCCCCGGGCGGCGUCGUCGGCCUCACCCUGCUUCUCUCCCCCGUGGCCUACUUCGUUCGCCAGCGCAACAAGGCGAACUCACAAGGACUGGUCCGACUGUAUCCUAUUCUCGUCCUCUGCUUCCCGCUUUGGCUCAAAUUCCUCAAUUACAUCGCUCUGCACAUCGAAUGGAGCGACUUUCAAGAUGUCGUCGCAUGGGUCUUCUACGGCGUCCUUCACUUCGCAUCGCCCUUCAUCGCAGGAUGGUGGAUCUGGGGCUUUGGUCCGCCUGGCGCCGCCAUCGUAUUCGGCAUCACGCUCGGUGUACAGAACUUCACUGGUCUAUGCACGCACAUUUUGCUGCCUACCGCAGCGCCGUGGUUCUACGACGAACAUCCCGACUGGGAGACGCUCAACGUCGACUACUCCUUCCCCGGCUCCUCCGCCGGCCUCGUAAGGGUCGACAAGGUGCUGCACACUCACUUGUACCAGGCAGCCUUCAAGAAAAGCCCGGUCGUCUUUGGUGCGCUACCUAGCUUGCAUGCUGCCACGGCCAUGUGCUGCUCCCUCUACGUAGCCCGUUACGGCGGCAGAUGGGGUCACGGUGUCAUGUUCGUCUACUACUCUGCCAUGCUUUGGAGCACGCAAUAUCUCCACCACCAUUGGGCUAUCGACCUCUUCCUGGGCUCUGCCCUAUCUCUGGGAGCAUUUACGAUUGCGACAAAGGCGUUACGCAGCCUCGAGACAAAGCACGAGCAAGAGGCAACGACUCGCGGUGUAGACCGCCUCUUCUGCUGGCCCUCUCCGCACGCUCAUCGCUACGAGAGCCUGCCAACCUUCCACGAGAAUGUCGUCUUCGAGCAUAGCGAGGGAAUUCAUGACGACGAAGAUGAGGUGGCUUGGGCGAAGAAGCAGCAGAAAAGACAGCGCUCUGCGAGCAGGCUAGGCGAGGCGUGGCACGACGUAGAGUCUCGUGGAGAGAGGAGUGAAUGGCUGGAGCUCAAGGAUGGCUUGGCAGCCUCUCCCUCAUCCGCUUCGACUGAUUCUCUCACCCUGUACUCGCCCUCGUCGUCCAGCGGAUCUAGCAAUGGCGGCGGUGGCAGCGGCGAGUCGAGUCGUCGAACGUCCACAAGGUAGGACUGAUUCAAUGUCUUCUGUCCGUCUGUUAUCAAGGAGAGUAGUGGUUUUGCAAUGCGAUACCCCGCGGACAUCUCAAUGUCAAUGCUCGACG